CGGCUGAAUGGAGAGUGAUGAGGUCACUCAACCUUCCAACAAACACUUCUAACUGGGUGACAUCAGCAGGAUCUGGCACCAUUAAACCUGCCUUUUCAUCAGACAGCGGAGCAUACUGGUGUGAAGAUGGAGACGGACUGAGAAGCAAUGCUGUCAACAUCACAAUCACUGCUGGCAUUGUAAUCCUGGAGUCUCCUGUUCUGCCUCUGCUGGAAGGAGAAACUGUUACCCUCCACUGUAAAAAGAACAAAGAUCAAUCUGUCCCCAUAGCGGAUUUCUAUAAAGACGGCAUCCGCAUGAAGACCAGCUAUGGAGGAGACAUGACCAUCCACAAUGCAGCUAAAUCUGAUGAAGGACUCUACAGGUGUAACAUCUCUGGAGCUGGAGAAUCUCCAGAGAGCUGGCUGACUGUCAGAGGACCUCCUGAAGAGAUACACCCCUCCUCUCACCCACCCCCAAGUCACCCCUCUAAUUUCCCAAUGCUGCUGUGGAUUGUUGUCCCUGUUUUACUGGUGGCCCUGCUGUUGUUGGUGUUUGGAGUGCUUCGCUGCAGGAAACACAAAGGUGAAGGAAGCACCACCAGAGUCACCGGCCGUGAAGAUUUGGCUGAUCCAAAUGAUGUGACAUAUGCCACUGUGGAAACAAGGAAUAAAGAAGGUUCCAAGCCGUAUCUACCAGAAGAGAGAGUGAUCUAUUCUUCAAUUAACUUCACUGUUGGAAAUGAUGGAAAUGAUUCUCACAGAGAGUGCAGAGCCACCUGACUGAAGGAGAGAGGAAGUCGUACAGCCACGUUCAGUAAUGCUACAUUUUCAGUUGUUAUUUUGUAAAAAAAAAAAAAAAAAAGUUUGGAUAAUGUAACAUUUCCAAAAGCU